AUGAUUUUCGAUCAACAUCAAUUCGCAUAUCGUCUAUUUAAUAUAAUUCAAUCUAAUGGUGAUAUAUAUGAAAUAAAAAAACUUCUUUUAAAAAUUUCUCAAAUAAAUCUUAAUUAUUUAAAAUAUGAUGGACAAUCAUUAGUACAUUUAUGUUGUCUUUAUAAUCGAUUAGAUUUAUUAAAAUUAUUUGUUGAAUAUGGAAAUUGUGAUUUAUUUAUUAGUAAUCGUGAUGGAUGGUUACCAUUACAUAUAGCUAUUUAUCUUGGAUAUAUGGAUAUUGUUUAUUAUUUAAUUCAAUCAAUGAAAUCAUAUUAA